AUGGCGCCCAACAGACCGGAAGAGGCACGGCGAUCACGAUCACCGUGGCGCAGACCCGGCGCACCAGUCAUGACCCUGGCAACCUCCACUGCCAAACCGCCGCCAAGCCCGAUUUUCCGACCGGGGGAUCCUCACCGUGCGAGACAUUGCGGGGACUUGGGAUUCACAUCCUGUGAAAAAGAGAGGGUUUGGCGAACUCUGCGGCAGUCCCCUCUUGGUGUUUACAUCCAGUCGACUAGCGAAACCAUACCCACCGCGAAUCAUCAUGAUCACCAUCCAUCAAGGUGGGCGUUUUCCCCCGCUCAAUUAUUGAACAGUGAGACAUGCGGCGUCUUUGGUGUGCGUAAUGCCGGGUUCUUGAGUAAACCAUCUGAGUCAACCGGUUCCCCCCUUGCCCUGCUCUCCUCAUCGGUCACGCCUCGGCGAGUCCUGCAGUCGAUCGGGUGCAGCAGCCUGCAGGCUUCCGCUCUGCAGAUGUACAGUGGCUUGUGCUCUACGACGGUCAACCCGUCCAUUCUGCACUCUACAGUAGGGUGUUUGACACGAUCCAACGAGACCUUGGGACGAACAGGUGAGGUGAGCCCGUGA